AUGUCCCUCCAAGAUUACGUCACGCGCAAAGCCUUCCGAGUCGUCCCAACCUUCCCUCAUCGAUUCAUCAUCCGUCCUAUGCCGCACCAAACCCUCGAUUACCCCGAGCAGUCCAAUUGCUCUGACAUCCUUCCACAUAUCUCCCUGUUCCCUCUCUGGCACUUCCUCUUCCUCAUUUUCAGCCCACUCUCGCUAGCCAUUCUUUUCUCGAGCUACACUUCCCCCCUACUAGUCCGCGCUCUUUACUCCCAUAGCGUUGGGCGAUUUCCUUCCCUACGUCUCGACAACUCGCACGAUAAUACAGGCAAGCACGAAGUCCAGGUCGUCAAAGAGCUUGGGGAUCUCCUGCUGGUUUCCUCCCCACACGUCCAAGAUGAAUAUCGUAGUAGACUCUCUCAGUCGCUCAGCCCUGUCAACCGGACUUAGACCAUGCACAUGCGCCCUUCCAUGCUCCUAUCUCGGCUUAUCAUCUGUCCGCCUAGCAUCAGCACAUCUCCUACACCUCCGCCUGCAGGCUCGGCAGAUCAUGCGCCAAAACCCAAACCAAAGGUUAACACACCACUACGGUGUGCCCCAGCUCUGCAUGUACCAUACCCGCGCACCCAACGCCGACGCGUAAUGCAACGCGAUUCGUACCGUCCUAACCUCCGCUGUGACCGAAUUCCUCCUGAUACAACGCAUGCGCAUGCGCCGUAUCGCUCAUGGUACUGCAACUGGCAUUGGGGUGCGCCAGGUACUACACGCUCGUC